AUGCUCUGCUCACGAUGGCUCAUUAUCUUUCUUAUAGUGUUUUCCUUUGUUGCAGUGUCAAACACACGUAAAGCAAGAAAGUGUGCAAAAAGCGUUAUGCGAAAAAACGCGCUAUGUGCAAAGGAUGCACUUUCACGAAGAAGAAUAAAAUUCGACGCUGGGGAGCAGAGUAACUCAAUAAUGUUAAUGAACGGAGACUGCUGUUUAGCAGUGAAAAGGCGCAACACACGACUUUUCUCACUACCUCACGGGAUGCAUAAACUUACUUUUGCACUAAAUGUCGACCAAGUCAAGAAGUGCGCUUACAGCUGCACGUAA